UUGAUGGCUGCGAGGACAACCCACGGAUGUUGGACAUGUAGGAUCCGCAAGAAGAAAUGUGACGAAGUCCGCCCUUCUUGUGGGCCUUGUGCUUUCAGACAGAUUAUCUGUUACGGAUACGGAGAAAAACCAGGGUUCAUGCACAAGGAGGAGGAUCAAAGGGCUGAGAUUGAAAAGAUCCAACGAGCCGUGAAUGAGAGUUUGCGUGCCAGAAGAGCCUUCAGAGUUGCCAAGAAGCAAGGUCGCAGCCAAUGGGGCUCCCCAGAUAACACAAUGACCGUGACCUUGGGAAAGCCACCGGAAAGUACCGUUUCUUACCCCUUUACUUUCCAUCCUGAUGCACCCCCAGCCGAAAAUGCCAACGACCUCGAGAUGAUUAUGAAUUAUCUAGACAACAUAUUUCCGCUACAGUAUUAUUUCUACCAACCGUCAGCGGCCGAGCGGGGAAGAGGCUGGCUUCUGAGUUUGUUGCUACGAUCAAAACCGUUGUACUAUACGGCAUUGGCAUUCUCGUCGGUGCAGAGAAUCUUUGCCUCACGUGAUGAUCCUGUGACCGAAAAUGGCCUCCUAGAAGAACUCGACUAUCAACACUCGCUGAUAAUGGCCGGCUUGGCACAGCAGCUUGAGGAGCUUCCUCGGUUGCAGGGCCAAGAGCACUUAAAACUUGGCCUUGAGAUUCUCGCUUGUACCAUACAGUUGCAGUCGAUUGAGAUAUUCCGAAAUAAGAAAUGGUGGAAAGGGUGGAAGGGUGAUUGGGAAGUUCACACCAACGCCGCUGGUGCUUUACUUUCUGUCAUCGGGAGCGACCUUGACCCAUCCUCAUCUUCCGCUGAUUCCACCACAAGUGAUGAGAGUCCAGAAUCUGGGAAUACGUUGGGCACUGACGCUACGUCAAGCUUCUUGAGCGAAAUUGCUGGUCUGGACUUCUUCAUGACGAGCUACGUAUGGUCCGACAUUAUGCGUUACGCCAAUGUCGGUCUUAAGCCUCCCAUGCAAGACUCAUUCUUCUACCUCAACUAUCUCGAAGAAGGGAGAAUUCAAAUGGAUCGACUUAUGGGUUGCCGAAACUGGGCUAUGAUUUCAUUACGGGAAAUCUCGGGCUUAGAAGCGUGGAGGAAUGAAAUGCUAAAUGGUCUAAAGGAACCCGUCCUUAAUGGACAUGCAAGUGGAAUCGACAAUCUGAUUGUCCCACCCCUGGCCGAGAAGUCAGCGGAAAUUGAGGCUCGUUUGAAAAGAGGGCUAUCCUCCAUCUCGACAAAUAUGGAUGGGUUAACAAAACAUGUCCGGGAAACUGAACUUGUGACGAACAUCUUCGGCUUAUCUGCGAUGAUAUACCUCGCGAUUGUUGUUUCCGGGUCCUUUGGCAGAUUGCCCGCGGCACAAGAAGAUGUUCUCAGAGUUUUAUCUGCGAUUCAAGCUCUCCCGAAGCACCUUUUGAUGAGAGUGUCUUGGCCUUACUGUGUUGCUGGUUGUCUGGCAGAAGACGGUUUCAGAGAAGACUUCAGGCAACUACUAUCUGAGACCAGUGCAGAAGGCCACCCAAUGGGCCAGUUAUGGAAUGCGUUGGAUUUGAUAGAAGAUUUCUGGAAAAUCCGCAACUCCCUAACUCCCGCACAACACAUCGAGUCCCCAUGGGCACUUGCAAUGGAGAGUACGAAGAUGAAAACUUUGCUGAUCUGA